AUGAACGAACUCAAUUUUCGCGUCGCGACCGAAGAGGACGCCGCCCAAAUCCACCAGUUGGUGGAAUCUGCGUUUCGCGCCAAAGACAGCAGAAAAGGCUGGACGGAUGAUCUAAAUCUCCACUCGAACUUUCGCCCAGAAGUCCAAGAGAUUAUCGACAUAAUCAUCAAACCGGACAGUGUCAUGUUGAUGGCAACCAACGAUCAAAAUAUACUUGUCGGCGCAAUCGGGGCUUCUAAACGUAACGCCAACUACGGUCGUCUUUUUAGACUUGCUGUUGAUACGAGCCAACAGCGCGGCGGAAUUGGGCGUCAGGUCUUGACGUAUGCCGAAGACUACUGCCAACGGACUUGGGGUGUUACGACUAUGGGGUUAGACGCCCUUUCGAAUCGCCAAACUCUUAUCUCGUGGUAUUUGCGUUGUGGAUACAAGACGACGGGCGAAACGACACCCUUUCCUCGCGAGAAGUUCAAGAACCUGGCGUUGCCAGAUGACCUUUGUUUUGUUGAAUUCGAAAAGAUUAUGGGAAUGGAUAGCACGUGA